GCCUCUGUCCUUUGCCACCAACAUGAGGUUCAAAUUCCCUCUCAUGGCCAUUGGCCUGGAGGUUGCCAUGAUUGUUUUAUUUGGAUUAUUUGUUCAGUAUGAAACGGAUCAGAAUAUUCGCCAGCAGCUCCGCAGCUCCAAUUCAACAGAUGUGGACAGAUUCUUUGAAUUAUACCCUCUGUUCCAAAAUGUGCAUGUUAUGAUAUUUGUUGGGUUUGGCUUCCUCAUGACUUUCCUGAAGAAAUAUGGCUUCAGCAGUGUGGGCAUCAACCUACUGAUUGCUGCUCUGGGCCUCCAAUGGGGCACUCUUAUGCAGGGGAUCCUGCACAGCCAUGGGCAUAAAAUCCGCAUUGGAAUAAAAAACAUGAUAAAUGCAGAUUUCAGUACAGCCACAGUUCUGAUUUCUUUUGGAGCUGUCCUGGGGAAAAUAAGCCCACUCCAAAUGCUGAUCAUGACAAUCAUAGAAAUUGCUGUCUUUGCUGGUAAUGAACAUCUGGUUGCUGAGAUAUUUACGGCCACUGAUAUUGGAGCAUCGAUGACGAUUCAUGCCUUUGGGGCCUACUUUGGCUUGGCUGUAGCAGGAGUCUUAUAUCGACCAGGCCUAAGACGGGGACAUGACAAUGAGGAGUCUGUGUACCACUCGGACUUGUUUGCAAUGAUUGGGACUCUUUUCUUAUGGAUAUUUUGGCCCAGCUUUAAUUCGGCCAUCGCUGAAGCUGGAGACAAAGAAUACAGGGCCGUGGUAAACACAUACUUCUCUCUUGCUGCCUGCGUGCUCACAGCCUAUGCAUUCUCCAGCCUCGUUGAGCACCGAGGCAAGCUCGAUAUGGUACACAUUCAGAAUGCAACCCUGGCUGGAGGCGUUGCUGUGGGCACUUGUGCAGACAUGGCGAUCCACCCAUACGUUUCUAUGAUUAUUGGGAGCAUCGCAGGAAUGGUCUCUGUACUUGGAUUUAAGUUUCUGACUCCAGUUUUUGCUACUAAACUGAGGAUCCAUGAUACAUGUGGGGUCCAUAACUUGCAUGGCUUACCUGGGGUGGUAGGAGGCCUCGCAGGCAUUGUGGCAGUGGCCUUGGGAGCAUCUGACACGUCUACCCCAGCCAUGCAAGCAGCUGCUCUGGCUUCUUCCAUCGGAACAGCUGUUGUUGGAGGGCUGAUCACAGGUUUGAUUCUAAGGUUACCCAUCUGGGGACAACCAUCUGACCAGAACUGCUAUGAUGAUUCUGUCUUUUGGGAGGUCCCUAGGUGGAGAGAACAUGACCAUCAUUUCCAUGAACAUCAUGGCCACAACCACUUGGAACCUGAACUCUAAGUUUCAUUUCUCUGCCUUAGCUUCCUUUCCCUUCCUCUAGAAUCAAGUUUAAAUGGACAAAAAGCAUCCAACGAAAAUAUGGACCAGAAUGGAAGAUCCUAACCUGAAAAUGUCCAGUGUAAAAAUGUCUUAGCAUAGUGUUGUGUUUUCUCUUGAUAUUCACUGAUUGUUUAGUUGAGGGCAUAUGACUCAGAAAGCAGAUGGUCAAGCCUGGCCAGUGUGGGUCAGUGGUUGAGCAUCAACCCAGGAACCAAGAGGUCACUGGUUCAAUUCCCGGCCAGGGCACAUGCCCAAGUUGCUGGCUCAAUCACCAGUAGGGGACAGCCAGUCAAUGCUUCUCUCUCAUCCUUGAUGUUUCUAUCUCUCUCUCCCUCUCCCUUCCUCUCUGAAAUCAAUAAUAUCUCUCUCUCUCUCUCUCUCUCUCUCUCUCUCUCUCUCUCUCUCUCCAUAUAUACAUAUAUAUCGUCAAGACUACUCUUGACCAGUGGGUAGAUACAAGAUGAAUAUUUGAUGCAUAUUCAUAUAUAUUCCCAAUGGAAGUAGAUUUAUAUAGAAUCCACACUUUCUAAUCAUAUCACUUUCUUAAGUGUAGUUACUAUGUCUUCAGUCUCAAAGAUUAUACAACUAAAGCCAAUGAAACAAUAAUGUAUACAUGAAUCCACUUAAGAAAUAUGUAUUGAGAGACUAGUUUUAAUUGCAAGUGCUUUUAUCUAAUGAAAAAGAAUACCAAAAAAGAACCACCUACUAUCAUUAUUUCAUAUUAAGAUAAAAAGAUAAUCCUGACAUCACAAAAUGGUGUGGACAUAUUCAGAAUAAAAGACAAUUAUUUAAAUUAAAUAAAAUUUAACCUUCAUAAAAAAACAAUAAAUUCUCAAACGUACUUAAAAAAAAAAAGACUGUAAGGAAGCUCCAUCUAUUUUAUUCUUUGAUUUGGUAUUUACAUACCUAGCUAAUUGAUUCUCUCUUCCUCUCUUUCUCCCUCAAAUCUCCAGAGAAACAUCAUGCAAACACACAUGAUGUUUAAUCGCUGUACAGAUUCAAAAACUAGAAAUACAUAGAGCAGUAAUAUGAUUGUUUUGGUAGUGCUUUCUUGAUUUAAAAAAUGGUAAAGUUAGUAAUGUUAUGUCUUUGCUUGAAUAUUCUUAUGCUUAAUUUCUUUUGUAUGUUUACUAUUUGCCAAAAGAACUCACAUGCUGUCUGACCAAAGUCUAUUUUGUAUAAAAUUUCAAUUAAUUAAAUAUUAUUAUAAAAUAUA